GGCGAUGGCAGGCCACAUCAACGGUGUCGACUCGGAGAAGCGCAAGAGGACGAGGGGUGCCAAGCCCAAGUACCAAUUUCUCACUGCCGAAGAGGCCAUCGCACACAGGCGCGAACGGAACAGGAUCACAGCUCUGGCGUCCUAUGAAAAGCGCAAAGCAAAUGAGAACGCUCUUAGGAACCAGAUUGCUCAGCUGGAACAGGAGCAGGCUGCCCUGAAACAACUCAUGGGCUUGGUGCAGCAGCCAGUCAUUGACAAAGGUACUGUGAGGGAGCUACUGACCAGGCCAGAUGCGUCAAUAUGCACUGUGCUGGAAUUUGUGACCUCGGCAGCAAAUGUUGCAGCGGGGACAAAGUGCUGAGUGUCACAGGGCAAAUGUACAGUAGAGAGAUGAGUGAAGGAUUGCUUCUCAAUUCCCUGGCACGUCCUGCUGCCAUUCAGCAGCCGAAGCUGAUCAGGAACAAUAUUAUUUCUCGUGCGUUAUUUUCCCUCAAGACUGUUGCAUGUUGCUGUGACUGGCCACUGGGCACUUGUCCGUGUACGAUGUGCUCUGUCGUAGAUUCGUCUACUAAAUUAGUAAUGCAUGCUCUAAUGCGACAACACGAUUGAUACUCACUGUUCCAGGAACACUCUUUAGGUCUGGAGGAUGCUCAAUGACAGCGCUGUGCUCUUGCUAGCAAAUUUUAAUAAAUUAUAUAAUAAUAUAAUAGUAUAUAACAUAUAAUACAUAUUAAUUAAUUGAACCUGAAUUUGAGUGCACAG